AAUACUGGCGAUUUGAGGUUUAUUCAUCAGACUAAUUCAGACAAAUAACUUGGAAGUUUGUGAUUGAUUCAUUAAAAAAUGUCUUUAAGGUCUGACUCUGAUCUCAUUGUUUGUUUCUAUGUGCAGUUCUGUGAUUUAUAGUCACUGCAUUCGUAUUUUAUCUCAUCUGAUUUUCAUUGCGUAGCUGUAAACAGAAAAAAAAAACACUGCUAGUGGCUCUUGAUAGCGCUGUCUCCGAUCAGCAUUGCUCCAAGGCAGAUGUGUGACAGCUGCAGGUCUUCCAGCUCAAGCCCAAACAGGCCACAGCCCUGAGUUGCAAUGCAAAGAAUCCUCCAUUCCUACCUGUGAUCUGCCUGCCAUGCUUUCCAAGAUAGAGAGAGAUGGAUUGUCUCUGAGGUUACAGGUUAGGGAGCUCCAGUCAUACCUGUGCACUCAGGAAUAUGACUCCUCUAAUUCCUUCCAGUGGUCCCCAAUUACAGUAUUCACAUGCACACACUUCAAAUAGACUAGCUAUUCACAUAUUCAAGCUUGUCAUUUUGUGCCACUGAUAAAAAGGGUCUGUUGUCCGGGGCAAAAGACACAGAGACUCUUUGAAUCUCUGCAUCAUCUGUUUGUAUUCUUGCACGCUCGUUUCAAAUGCUGCCUUUAGGGGAUGCAUUUACUUCAACCGCACAUGCACAGGGGUUCUCUUGUGCUCAGCCGCAUUUUCGUCUGUCUAGGGUGACUUUGGCAGGACUUCAUGAAAUAGUGUCUUUGUUGUGUCUAUCUACAUCAAUCAAAGAACAGCAGCGACUCCUGACACUGAAAAUCCGAACCUCCUACUUGAGACUACAAGAGCCUUUCUGUGUGACUCCUGAAAUUAGUCACAUUUUCCCUCAUGAGUGGGAUUUCCCGGUUGGUGGAACACCAAACCCCUCCUCCCACCCCAAAACCAGAUGGAAACAGACCCUCGUUUUGAUUAUUUCCCUGGUGCUUUAGAUAGUGAUUCACUUCCGUUGCAUGCUACCGAAUUAGCUUGUACAGAAAAACAGCUUGCUCAUUCCAUGUCAAGUUUUUGUCCUAACCAGCCACAACCAUGACCAAGUCAAAAAGUUGGUAGGGUUAUAUUCCUGAUCUGUCACUUGGAGUAUCUCCGCCCAUAAUGCAAUGUGAUUGGUCCAAAAUUCAUUAUAUUUAACCUCAAAUAUUUUCUGAUUGGCUGAAGUUUUGUCACUUUGUGGUGACAUUUCGCUUUCAGUGUGGACAGACGACACGUGUUGGUGGUUUGUGCCGUGUUCAGACUUAUUUUCGGUGGUUACAUUCCUAGGGCAGCUGCUUCCUUCAUUAUAGGGUAUUUGCAGAUGAGAGUUGCGGAAACUGUUAACCAUUUUCAAAGUAUGCAAGAAAUGUGUUGCUUUUAUGCUUCUGAACAGAAGUAAUACCAAUAUUAUUUAUAAAGAACAAUAAAUUAUGAGAUUUUCAUUUGGUGCUGACUUUUUCAUUGUUCACAUACGCUGUCUACAUGCCACAUGUUUUAUUUAGUGUGUUUUCACACUUUUCAACCACAAAGUUAGAGACGCACCCCUCUAAAACGAGAGCUUCCUUCGAAUUUAUAGCCUAAAGACAAGUAUUUAGCAAGAAGUGUGAAAAAAGAAGGAAGAGGUAGAGAGGGGAAGAGAACUGGAGGGGAAGAAAAGUCAGAAAAGGGAGGGCGAAAAGAGCUGGCUUGGAACACACCCACUCGCCCGCAUGGAUCUUCUCUUUUGCUUUCUGAAACACCAGACGGGUGAAAAGAAACAGUUCAGGUGGUUUAAACAGAUCGGUGGAAAGUGUGGUUUUGCAGCAAGAACAGAAGUACAGGAAUGGCUGUAUAUAAAGGUUAUAGAACGUACUCCACCGACAGUGUCGGCAGUGAUGUGGUCUUCACAGAUGAAAGUCAACAUUACCAGGGGAUGCUGAGGGCCAUGGAUGAAAGAAAAGAUGAACGGGAUCGAGUACAGAAAAAGACCUUCACAAAAUGGGUGAACAAGCAUCUGAUGAAGCACUGGAAGGCAGAGGCCCAGCGACACAUCACAGACCUGUACGAGGAUCUCAGAGAUGGACACAACCUCAUCUCGCUGUUGGAGGUGCUGUCUGGAGAGACACUGCCGAGGGAGCGAGACGUUGUCAGGAAUUCGCGGUUGCCCAGAGAGAAGGGUCGCAUGCGCUUUCACAAACUACAGAAUGUACAGAUCGCACUGGACUUCCUCAAACAUAGACAGGUGAAACUGGUAAACAUCAGAAAUGAUGACAUUGCGGAUGGAAAUCCAAAACUGACCCUCGGGCUAAUAUGGACCAUCAUCCUUCACUUCCAGAUCUCCGAUAUCCAGGUGAACGGCCAGUCAGAUGAUAUGACCGCCAAGGAGAAGCUGUUGUUGUGGUCUCAGCGGAUGGUGGAGGGCUACCAUGGGCUGCGGUGUGAUAACUUCACCACCAGCUGGAGAGAUGGCAAGCUCUUCAAUGCCAUCAUCCAUAAACACAGACCGAAUUUGAUUGAAAUGAAUAAGGUGUACAAACAGACCAACCUGGAGAAUCUGGAGCAGGCCUUCAGCGUAGCAGAAAGAGACCUGGGCGUCACACGCCUACUGGAUCCUGAAGAUGUGGAUGUGCCACACCCAGACGAGAAGUCCAUCAUCACAUACGUGUCCUCUUUGUAUGAUGUUAUGCCAAGAGUUCCUGAUGUUCGUGAUGGAGUCAAGGCCAGUGAAUUGGAGUUGCGCUGGCAGGAAUAUUACGAGCUGGUGACUAUGUUACUCCAGUGGAUCAGACAUCACAUUAUCGUGUUUGAGGAACGCAAGUUCCCCUCCAGCUAUGAGGAAAUUGAGGUUCUCUGGCGUCAGUUUUUGAAGUUCAAGGAGACUGAACUACCAGCCAAAGAGACUGACAAAAAUCGCUCCAAGCUCAUUUACAAGUCUUUAGAGGGUGCUGUGCAGGCGGGUCAGAUCAAGGUCCCCCCCAGCUACCACCCUUUCGAUGUGGAGAAGGAGUGGGGCCGCCUGCAUGUGGCCAUUCUGGAACGAGAGAAACUGUUGCGCUCAGAGUUUGAAAGGCUGGAGCGUCUGCAGAGAAUAGUCAGUAAGGUGCAAAUGGAGUCAGGUUUAUGUGAGGAACAGCUCAACCAGGUGGAAACACUGUUACAAACGGACAUACGUCUGCUGAGUGCAGGAAAGCCUAUCCAGCAUGCGUCUGAGAUAGAAACAGAUCUGAACAAGGCUGAAAACAUGAUCCGUUAUCUUUUCAAUGAUGUGCAAUUACUUAAAGAUGGGCGCCAUCUACAGGCAGAACAGAUGUACAGGCGGGUAUACCGUCUCCAUGAGCGUCUGGUUAACCUGCGCAGUGAGUUUAAUCUACGUCUGAAGUCAGGUGUGACGGUGUCACAGGUGCCCAUGACCCAGGUGCCCAUGACCCAGAUCUCCCACAUGCAAACAUUACAGCAGUCUCCCCAGCGUGUUAGACCUGAGCUUGAUGAAGUCACUCUCAAGUACAUUCAGGACCUCCUGUCUUGGGUGGAGGAGAACCAGAGACGCAUUGAUGGGGCAGAGUGGGGCGAAGAUCUGCCCUCUGUGGAGUCUCAGCUCGGUAGCCAUCGUGGCCUUCAUCAGUCCAUCGAGGAAUUCAAAUACAAGAUUGAUCGUGCGCGGGCUGAUGAGAAUCAGUUGACUCAAGUCAGUAAGGGAGCCUAUCAAGAAUACUUGGGCAAACUGGACCUUCAGUAUGCUAAACUGCUGAAUGCUUCCAAGUCACGGCUGCGGAGUUUAGAUCAGCUGCAUGCUUUUGUUGUGGCUGCCACAAAAGAGCUGAUGUGGCUGAAUGAGAAAGAAGAGGAGGAAGUGAACUACGACUGGAGCGACCGAAACUCCAACAUGACUGCCAAGAAAGAUAACUAUUCUGGUUUGAUGCGAGAUCUUGAACAGAGGGAGAAGAGAGUGAACAAUGUCCAGAUGACUGGAGACAAACUGCUAAAAGAAGGCCAUCCUGCCAGGAAAACUGUGGAGGCUUUCACUGCAGCACUUCAGACUCAGUGGAGCUGGAUCCUUCAGCUGUGCUGCUGCAUUGAGACUCAUCUGAAGGAAAACACAGCUUACUUCCAGUUCUUCUCAGAUGUUAAAGAGGCUGAAGAGAGGAUGAAGAAGAUGGAUGGCGUGAUGAAGAAGAAGUAUGUGUGUGACCGCUCUAUCACAGUCACACGGCUAGAGGAUCUUCUACAGGAUGCAGUGGAAGAAAAAGAACAGCUAAACGAAUUCAAGACACACCUGGAGGGUCUCAACCGGAGAGCCAAGACCAUUAUCCAGCUAAAGCCGAGGAACACAGCUUACCCUGUCAAAGGCAAAUUACCCAUUCAGGCUGUCUGUGACUUCAAACAAAUGGAGAUCACAGUACACAAAGGAGAUGAAUGUGUCCUGGUGAACAACUCCCAACCGUACAAUUGGAAAGUGCGAAACUCCAGUGGAAACGAGGCCACAGUGCCAUCUAUCUGUUUUAUCAUCCCUCCCACCAACAAAGAGGCCCUGGACAUCAGCUCUGGAUUAGAUGCGAGUCUGGAGAGGCUGAUGGUCCUUUGGCAAAAGCUGCAUGUAGAUAUGAAGAGCUUGAUGUCCUGGCAGUAUCUCAUGCGAGAUAUCCUGCUUAUCAACUCCUGGAAUUUAAUCAUGUUUAAGACUUUGAGAGUUGAGGAAUAUCGACUGACCCUGAAGAACCUGGAGGAGCACUAUCAGGCCUUCCUGCGUGACAGUCAGGAUUCUGAGCUCUUCGGUGCUGAUGAUCGCUUGCAAGCAGAAAACAGUUACAGCAAAGCUACUCAACACUAUGAUAACUUGCUACGCUCUGUUGAACAAGAACCUGUUUUCAUCCAAAAGGGAAGCGUGCCAGGGGAACAGGAUGAGUCGGUGUGUAAGAGUUACAUCACCCAGAUCAAGGACCUGAGACUGAGACUAGAGGGCUGUGAGAGCCGCACAGUGAACCGCCUCAGACAGCUGGUGGACAAGGAGCCUCUCAAAGCCUGUGCACAGAGAGCCACUGAACAGAAGAAGGUGCAGGCUGAGCUGGAGGGUAUAAAGAAAGACCUGGAUAAGAUGGUGGAGAAGAGUGAAGCAGUGCUGGCCACAUCUCAGCAGUCCAGUUCUGCACCUGUCCUGCGCUCAGAAAUAGACGUUACCCAGAAAAAGAUGGAGCAUGUCUACAGUCUGUCCUCUGUGUAUCUCGACAAGCUGAAGACCAUUGACAUGGUAAUCCGCAGCACACAGGGAGCUGAAGACAUUCUCAACAAGUGCGAAAACCAACUGCGUGAUGUAAACAAAAUUCCUGUUAAUGAGAAAGACGUUGAGGCCAACCAAACACAGCUCCAGAAACUGCGCACAGAAGCAGAGGGCAAGCAAUCCACGUUUGAUCAUCUGGAAGAGGGGCUUCAGAGGGCUACGGCAGUGAAUGACCGGAUGUCUCAGUUGCACAGUGAGCGGGACAUAGAGCUGGAGCACUACAGGCAGCUGGUGGGCAACCUGAAGGACCGCUGGCAGGCUGUGUUUGCUCAGAUCGAGCUAAGGCAGCGAGAACUUGACCUUCUAAGUAGGCAGAUGCAGGCCUACGGACAAAGCUAUGACUGGCUCAUCCGCUGGAUAGCAGAUGCCAAACAAAGGCAGGAAAAGCUUCAUGCUGUGCCUAUAGGUGACAGCAAAACCCUUCAAGAACAGCUGAACCAGGAGAAGAAACUGCUUGAGGAGAUUGAGAAGAACAAGGACAAGGUGGAUGAGUGCCAGAAAUAUGCUAAAGCAUACAUUGAUGCCAUAAAGGAUUAUGAGCUUCAGCUGGUGACAUAUAAAGCUUUGGUGGAGCCCAUCGCUUCUCCUUUGAAGAAGACCAAAAUGGAGUCUGUAUCUGAUGACAUCAUCCAAGAGUAUGUGACUCUGAGAACACGCUAUAGUGAGCUGAUGACUCUUUCGAGUCAGUAUAUUAAAUUCAUUAUUGAGACACAGCGCCGUCUAGGGGAUGAUGAGAAAACUGCCGAAAGACUAAAGGAGGAAGAGAGGAAAAAGCUGGCUGAAAUGCAGGCUGAACUAGAAAAGCAAAGAAAAUUAGCUGAAUCUCAGGAAAAGGCUAUUGUUAAAGCUGAACAAGAGGCAAAUGAGCUGAAGACAAAAAUGAAAGAUGAAGUCAGCAAACGACAGGAUGUUGCUGUUGAUGCUGAAAAACAGAAGCACAAUAUCCAACGAGAGCUUCAGGAGCUCAAAAGCAUUUCAGAGCAGGAAAUCAAGUCUAAGACCCAACAGGUAGAGGAAGCGCUCCAAAGCCGCAUAAGAAUUGAAGAAGAAAUCCGUAUAAUCCGGCUUCAGCUGGAGACGACGAUGAAACAAAAAAAUACUGCUGAAACAGAGCUUCAGCAGCUCAGGGACAAAGCAGCAGAUGCUGACAAACUUCAAAAGGCAGCACAGGACGAGGCAGAGAAGCUUCGGAAACAAGUUGCUGAAGAAACUCAGAAGAAACGCAAGGCAGAGGAGGAGCUUAAACUGAAAUCAGAGGCCGAAAAGGAGGCUGCAAAAGAGAAGAGGAAGGCCCUUGAGGAUCUCGAGAAGUUCAAGCUCCAAGCUGAGGAAGCUGAGAGGCACCUGAAGCAAGCAGAGUUGGAAAAGCAGCGACAGAUUCAAGUGGUAGAGGAGGUGGCUAAGAAGACCGCAGCCACCCAGCUUGAGAGUAAACAAUUGACAUUAACAGCAAAACUGGAAGAGUCACUCAAACAUGAGCAAGUAAUGGUCAUUCAACUGCAGGAAGAGGCAGAACAUCUCAAAAAGCAGCAAGCCGAAGCAAAUAAGGCGAGAGAGCAGGCAGAGAAGGAGCUAGAGACAUGGAGACAGAAGGCUAAUGAAGCGCUCCGGCUCCGGCUCCAGGCAGAGGAAGAGGCCAGUAAAAAAACUGCAGCUCAGGAGGAUGCAGAGAAACAGAAGGAGGAGGCCAAACGGGAGGCAAAGAAGAGAGCAAAAGCUGAGGAGGCUGCCCUUAAACAGAAAGAGACCGCUGAAAAGGAACUGGAGAAUCAAAGAAAGAUGGCUGAAGAAACGGCUAAACAGAAGCUUGUAGCAGAGCAAGAGCUUAUUCGGUUAAGAGCAGAUUUUGAGCAUGCUGAACAACAGAGGACUGUCUUGGAUGAUGAGCUCCAGCGUCUCAAAAAUGAUGUUAAUGCUGCUGUUAAACAGAAGAAAGAGCUGGAGGAGGAACUGAUCAAAGUUAGGAAGGAGAUGGAAGUUUUGUUGCAGAUGAAAUCCAAAGCUGAGAAAGAGUCUAUGUCAACCACUGAAAAGAGCAAACAACUACUUGAAUCUGAGGCUGCCAAGAUGAAGGAACUGGCUGAGGAGGCGACUAAAUUGAGGUCAGUUGCAGAAGAAGCAAAGAAACACAGGCAGAUUGCAGAAGAAGAAGCUGCCCGCCAGAGAGCAGAGGCUGAGAAGAUCCUCAAAGAAAAGUUGGCAGCUAUCAAUGAAGCAACCCGUCUAAAAACUGAGGCUGAGAUUGCUUUGAAAGAGAAGGAGGCUGAAAAUGACCGUCUAAAGAGAAAAGCUGAAGACGAGGCCUACCAGAGGAAAAUUCUUGAAGAUCAAGCAUCACAGCAUAAGCAAGAGAUCGAAGAAAAGAUUGAUCAGUUAAAGAAGUCCUCAGACACUGAGCUUGACAGGCAAAAGAAAAUUGUAGAAGAAACAUUGAAACAGAGGAAAGUGGUGGAGGAGGAGAUCCACAUUCUCAAACUAAAUUUCGAAAAGGCUUCAACUGGCAAACAGGACCUUGAACUUGAGCUUAACAAACUGAAGGGUAUUGCGGAUGAGACACAAAAGAGCAAAGCAAAGGCAGAGGAAGAGGCAGAGAAAUUCAGAAAACUUGCUUUGGAAGAAGAGAAAAAAAGGAAACAGGCAGAGGCCAAGGUAAAAGAAAUCCAAGCUGCAGAAGAAGAGGCAGCAAGGCAACACAAAGCAGCUCAAGAGGAGGUUGAGCGUCUUAUAAAGUUAGCGGAGGAUGCUAAAAAGCAGAGGGAGCUUGCAGAGAAAGAAGCUGAGAAACAGGUCAUUUUAGUCAAAGAGGCUGCACAAAAGUGCUCUGCUGCUGAACAGAAAGCCCAAGAUGUUCUUCUCCAGCAAAAUAAAGACACCAUGGCUCAGGAUAAACUCAAGGGAGAGUUUGAAAAAGCAAGGAAACUGGCGCAAGAUGCGGAAAAGGCUAAAGACAAGGCUGAAAAAGAGGCUGCCCUGUUGCAGAAGAAAGCAGAGGAAGCAGAGCGUCAAAAGCAGGCAGCUGAGGCUGAAGCUGCCAAACAGGCAAAAGCCCAGGAAGAUGCUGAAAAAAUGAGGAAGGAAGCAGAGGCAGAAGCUUCCAGACGGGCUGAGGCAGAAGCUGCUGCUUUAAAACUAAAACAAGAGGCUGAUGCUGAAAUGGCCAAGUACAAAAAGCUUGCAGAAAAGACCCUGAAGCAGAAGUCGUCAGUUGAGGAGGAGUUAGUGAAGGUUAAAGUGCAACUUGAUGAGACGGACAAACAGAAAUCCAUCCUUGAUGAUGAACUUAAGCGACUUAAACAAGAGGUCAGUGAUGCCAUUAAGCAGAAGGCUCAAGUAGAGGAUGAGCUAUCAAAAGUUAAGAUUCAGAUGGAGGACUUACUAAAACUGAAACUGAAAAUUGAAAAGGAAAACCAAGAGCUUAUGAAGAAAGAUAAGGACAACACAAAGAAACUUCUCGAGGAAGAGGCAGAGAACAUGAAAAAAUUGGCGGAGGAGGCAGCACGGCUCAAUAUUGAGGCUCAAGAAGCUGCAAGAUUACGACAAAUGGCAGAGUCUGAUCUUGCAAAACAGAGGGAACUGGCUGAUAAGAUGCUGGAAGAGAAAAAACAGGCAAUUCAGGAGGCAAAAAAGCUAAAGGCAGAAGCUGAAAAGCUCCAGAAACAGAAAGAUCAGGCACAGGUAGAGGCUCAAAAGCUAAUGGAGGCCAAAAAGGAGAUGCAGGAGCGUCUGGAGCAGGAGACUGAAGGUUUCCAGAAAUCCUUAGAGGCUGAACGCAAGCGGCAGUUAGAGAUUACCGCAGACGCUGAAAAACUGAAGAUCAAAGUGGCACAGCUAAGUGAUGCUCAAUCAAAAGCAGAGGAGGAAGCCAAAAAAUUCAAGAAACAAGCAGAUGAAAUCAAAUCCCGGCUACUAGAGACAGAAAAACAGACUUCAGAAAAACAUACUGUUGUUGAGAAACUUGAAAUACAAAGGCUGCAGAGCAAAAAAGAGGCUGAUGAUCUGCAUAAAGCAAUUGCAGAGCUUGAGAAAGAAAAAGAAAAACUGAAAAAAGAGGCUGCUGACUUACAAAAACAAUCAAAAGAGAUGGCCAAUGUACAACAAGAACAGUUACAGCAGGAAAAGACUAUCCUCCAGCAAACAUUCUUAGCAGAAAAAGAAACACUGCUGAAGAAAGAGAAAGCUGUCGAGGCAGAGAAAAAGAAGCUGGAGAAGCUAUUUGAAGAUGAAGUUAAGAAGGCUGAAGCACUCAAAGAUGAACAGGAGCGUCAGAAGGAGCAAAUGGAGGAGGAGAAAAAGAAACUGCAGUCUGCCAUGGAUGCUGCUAUCAAAAAGCAAAAGGAUGCUGAGGAAGAGAUGCAUUCCAAGCAAAAAGAAAUGCAAGAACUUGAAAAGAAAAGAAUUGAACAAGAGAAACUUCUGGCAGAGGAAAACAAGAACUUGCGAGAAAAACUCCAGCAGCUUCAGAGUUCACAGAAGCCAUCCCACACCAAGGAGAUUGAAAUCCAAACUGACAAUGUCCCCGAAGAAGAGUUAGUUCAAAUGACAAUGGUAGAAACCACAAAGAAGGUCCUAAAUGGCUCUACAGAAGUGGAUGGUGUGAAGAAAGAUGUACCCCUGGCAUUUGAUGGAAUCAGAGACAAGGUGCCUGCAAGCAGACUUCAUGAGAUUGGUGUGCUCAGCAAAAAAGAAUUCGACAAGCUUAAGAAAGGCAAAACAACUGUGCAAGAGCUUUCUAAGAGUGACAAGGUCAAGGUGUGCCUAAAAGGUAAAGACUGCAUUGGCGGUGUAAUAGUUGAACCCAACCAGAAAAUGAGUAUUUAUCAAGCUUUGAAGGACAAGAAGAUUCCACAAAGCACAGCUAUGAUGCUUCUCGAAGCUCAAGCUGCAUCUGGUUACAUAAUUGACCCCAUUAAGAACAGAAGACUGUCCGUCAGUGAAGCUGUGAAGGAUACCUUGAUUGGACCUGAGUUGCACACCAAGUUGUUAUCUGCCGAACGGGCUGCCACAGGAUUCAAAGAUCCAUUCACUGGAGAUACAAUCUCACUAUUUGAAGCAAUGAAAAAAGGUUUAAUCGCAGAGGAGCAGGCCUCUAAACUUCUUGACUCUCAAUAUGCAACUGGUGGGAUAAUUGAUCCUGUCAAUAGCCACCGUGUACCUGUACAGAUGGCAUGCACACAAGGUCAACUCGAUGAAGACCUAAGCAAAGUUCUUUCCAGUGCUCCUGCUGACAAAAAAGCAUUCACUGACCCCAACACUCAGGAUAGCCUCACUUAUGGUGAGUUACUGGAGCGAUGCAAACCAGAUCCUGAGACAGGCAUUCCAUUACUACCAAUCACAGAACAAGCAGCCCAAAUUGAAAGAACUUAUACCGAUGAGGAAACUAAAGAGGUAUUUAGUAAGGCUAACUUAACAGUUCCAUUUGGAAGAUUCAAAGGAAAGACUGUCACCAUUUGGGAGGUCAUAAACUCUGAGUACUUCACUGAAGAUCAGAGAAAGGAUCUUAUCCGUCAAUACAAGACAGGCAAAAUUACAGUUGAAAAAAUAAUUAGAAUUGUAAUAACUGUUGUAGAGGACAAGGAGAACAAGAAGGAACCUGUGUUUGAUGGUUUGAGAUCAUCAGUGCCAGCAUCUGAACUUCUGGAAGCAAAAGUUAUUAAUAAAGAUUUAUUCAACAAAUUGCACAAUGGAAAAGCUACUAUUAAAGAAGUGUCUGAGCUUGAACCUGUCAAGAAAGCCCUAAAGGGUACACACAGUAUUGCUGGAGUGCAGAUUGAGUCAACUUCUGAAAAGAUGUCUUUCUACGAAGCCAUGAAGAAGGACUUACUUGGAACAGAGCCUGCACUAAACCUUCUGGAGGCCCAAGCCGGAACCGGCUUCAUAAUUGAUCCUGUGAAAAACCAAAAGUUCACAGUUGAUGAAGCAGUCAAAAGUGGUGUUGUUGGCCCAGAGCUGCAUGAGAAAUUGUUAUCUGCAGAAAGAGCUGUUUGUGGUUACAAAGAUCCAUAUACUGGAAAAACUGUAUCCCUGUUUGAGGCAAUGCAAAAAGAUCUCAUUAAGAAAGACCAAGGUGUCCGUCUGCUGGAAGCUCAACUUGCAACUGGAGGAAUUAUUGACCCAGAGAAAAGUUACCGCAUCACUCCAGAAAUUGCAUAUAAACGUGGUUACCUAAAUGAGGAGAUGAAUCAAAACUUAAGCAGCCCAUCAGACACAAACACAGUAUUUGUUGACCCCAACACACAAGAACAUGUCACUUAUGCUGAAAUGCUGAAAAGAUGCAUCACUGAUAAGCAGACUGGUCUCCCAUUGCUGCCACUAUCAGAAAAGGCAAUCAAGUCAAAGGAAAUGGAACCAGUUUCUGAUGCACAAACUAAAGAGACAUUGAGCCAUGCUACGGUUGAGUUACACAGUGGACUUUUUAAAGGAAGAAUAAUCACCAUUUGGGAAAUUAUCAACUCUGAAUAUUUCACAGAAGAACAAAGGAUUGAAUUUAUUCGGCAGUAUAGAACAGGAAAAAUCACUAUUGAAAAACUGAUCAAGAUUGUGAUCACUACAGUGGAUGAAAAAGAAAAGAAGAGACAGGACAACUUUGAAGGUUUCAGGGGUCCUGUAUCAGCCAGUUCCUUGUUUGAAUCUAAUAUCAUUGACAAAGACACUUAUGAUAAAAUCCAACAAGGCAAAAAGAAACCUGCAGAAGUUACUGACUCCAUCAAACGCUACUUUCAAGAUUCUGAUUGUAUUGCUGGGGUAUUUUUAGAAAAAAACAAGGAAAAACUCAGCAUUUACCAAGCAGUAAAGCAGAAACUACUGACACCAAACACAGGUCUGUCCCUGCUAGAAGCCCAAGCAGCUACUGGCUACAUAGUUGAUCCCAACAGGAAUGAGAAAUUUACAGUGGAUGAUGCUGUUAAGGCUGGUAUUGUCGGUCCAGAGCUUCAUGAGAAACUGCUAUCCGCAGAGAAAGCUGUAACUGGUUACAAAGAUCCAUACACUGGUAAUAAGAUCUCUCUUCUUCAAGCAAUGCAAAAACAGCUCGCUCUAAGAGAACAUGCCAUACCUCUUCUAGAGGCUCAGGAGGCCACUGGAGGGAUAAUUGAUCCAGUAAAUAGCCAUCGACUUCCCAGUGAUAUAGCCAUUCAGCGUGGCUACUUCAGCAAGCAAUUAGCCAAAUCUUUUAAAGACCCCACAGAUGACAUCAAAGGUUUCACUGACCCUAACAAAGAUGAGAAUGUCACAUACAAACAAUUGAAGGAGAGGUGCAUGACCGAUCCAGAGUUUGGAAUUGUCUUGUUGCCACUUUCUAAAGCCCAGACUCCAGAGAAAGCUGAGAAAUCCUAUGUUUACACUGAGGAGCAAGCACAAAUGGACUUAGCUAACACUCAAAUUGACAUACCACAUGAGAGUUUUGCAGGGAAACAAGUGACUUUAUGGGAAGUCAUGAAAUCAGAUUUGCUUCCAGAAGAGGAAAGACAAAGGCUUCUUGAACAGUACCGCUCCGGCAAAAUCACAAAAGAGAGAAUGGUCAUUAUUGUAAUCGAAAUUAUUGAACAAAGAGAGAUCAUCAGGACUGAGCAGAGUAUGUCGUGUGAUGUCAUCAGACGCCGGGUUACUAUUGAUGAACUUUACAGAGCUCGCAUUAUAGACCUUGAAACUUACAACCUGCUCAAACAAGGUAAGAAAACGAUUCGGGAGGUUAUGGAGAUGCCAAGUGUGAAACAGUAUCUUUUUGGAACAGGCAGUAUUGCUGGAAUACUCUCAGAUAACUAUGCAAAGGUUAGCAUCUACCAAGCCAUGAAGAGAGGUCUCAUAAAACCUGACAUUGGCAUAGAUCUGUUGGAAGCACAAGCAGCAACAGGAUUCAUCACUGACCCUGUGAAAGAUGAAUUGUUGACAGUUGAUGAGGCCGUCCGGAAGGGUCUUGUUGGCCCAGAGAUCCAUGACAAACUCUUGUCUGCUGAAAGAGCAGUCACAGGUUACAAGGAUCCCUAUAGCGGUAAAGUGAUUUCUUUGUUCCAAGCCAUGAAAAAGGACCUCGUUCCUGAGGAUUAUGCCAUGAAGCUUUUAGAGGCCCAGUUAGCAACAGGUGGCCUCAUGGAUCCGGAGUACUAUUUCCGCCUCCCAAUUGAUGUCGCCAUGCAACGUGGUUACAUAAACAAAGAAACCAGUGACAGGAUAUCUGAUCCAAGUGGAGAUGUCAAACAGUUUAUGGAUCCUACAACAGACGAAAAGCUGUCUUAUGCACUACUUCUUAAAAGAUGCAAGGUUGAUAAAGACAGUGGCUUACGAUUGUUGUCUCUGGCAGACAAGAGACUUCUAUUUAAGGGCCUUAGAAAGCAAAUCACCCCAGAUGAGUUGUUGUGCUGUCAAAUUAUUGAUCAGAAAACCUACACAGCUCUCAUGGAGGGUACCAUUUCUGUGGAGGACCUUAGUAAAGACCUGAAGAAAUAUCUUGAAGGCAUCAGCUCUAUUGCAGGUGUGUAUGUAGAGGCUACCAAAGAUCGACUGUCAGUCUACCAAGCCAUGAAGAAGAACAUGAUCAGACCAGGCACUGCCUUUGAACUUCUGGAGGCUCAGGCAGCUACUGGGUAUGUGAUUGAUCCGAUCAAAAAUCUCAAAAUGAAUGUCAAUGAAGCUGUAAAAACGGGAGUCGUGGGACCAGAAUUUAAAGAUAAGCUCCUCUCUGCUGAACGAGCUGUGACUGGCUACAAAGAUCCAUACUCUGGCAAGGUGAUCUCCCUGUUCCAGGCUAUGAAGAAAGGUCUUAUUCUGAAAGACCAUGGUAUCCGUCUGCUUGAGGCUCAAAUAGCCACUGGUGGAAUCAUUGAUCCUGAAGAGAGUCAUCGACUGCCUGUUGAAAUGGCCUACAAACGGGGUCUCUUUGAUGAAGAGAUGAAUGGUAUUCUCACUGAUCCCUCUGACGACACAAAGGGGUUCUUCGAUCCAAACACAGAAGAGAAUUUGACCUACCUCCAGCUCAUGGAGCGCUGCAUGACAGACCCUGAAACUGGACUUUCACUUUUACUGCUGAAAGAAAAGAAACGAGAAAGAAAGACAUCCUCCAAGUCUUCAGUCCGCAAACGUAGAGUUGUCAUCGUAGAUCCAGAAACAGGAAAAGAAAUGUCUGUGUAUGAGGCAUACCGCAAAGGACUCAUUGACCAUCAAACAUACAUUGAGCUUGCAGAGCAAGAGUGUGAAUGGGAAGAAAUUACCACUUCAUCAUCAGAUGGUGUUGUUAAGUCUAUGAUCAUUGACAGAAGAUCUGGACGGCAGUAUGACAUUGAUGAUGCAAUCUCCAAGGGCCUCAUAGACCAGUCAUCUUUGGACCAGUACCGUGCUGGUACCCUUUCCAUCACUGAAUUUGCAGACAUGCUCUCUGGUAACAUGAGUGGCUUCAGAUCUCGAUCAUCCUCCUUUGGAUCCAGCUCAUCCUAUCCCAUGAGUCCAAUUCCGUCCAUAAAGACGCCAGCCACAACCUGGACUGAUCCAAGCGAGGAAACUGGACCAGUGGCUGGAAUUUUAGAUACAGAUACUUUGGAAAAGGUGUCAGUUACAGAGGCUAUGCAUCGGAAUCUAGUUGACAAUAUCACCGGUCAAAGACUACUAGAAGCACAAGCAUGCACAGGAGGAAUUAUUGACCCAAACACUGGAGAGAAAUUCUCUGUUGCUGAUGCAAUGAACAAAGGGCUGGUGGACAAGAUCAUGGUUGAUCGUAUCAACCUUGCUCAGAAAGCUUUUCAGGGAUUUGAAGAUCCAAGAACCAAAUCCAAAAUGUCCGCCGCUCAAGCCUUAAAAAAGGGUUGGCUCUACUAUGAAGCUGGCCAACGCUUCCUUGAAGUCCAGUACCUAACAGGUGGUUUAAUUGAACCGGAUGUUUCAGGAAGAGUAUCGUUGGAUGAUGCUGUCAAGAAGGGCACUCUAGAUGCACGCACUGCACAGAAACUGAGAGAUGUCAGUGGAUAUUCAAAAUACCUCACCUGCCCCAAAACAAAACUUAAGAUCUCAUACAAGGAUGCCAUGGACAGAAGCAUGAUCGAGGAAGGAUCUGGCCUGAGGUUGCUAGAGGCAUCCUCUCAGUCAAGUAAAGGUCUUUACAGCCCAUACAGCAUCAGUGGCUCUGGAUCAACUUCAGGGUCGAGGUCUGGAUCCAGAACUGGUUCAAGAUCAGGCUCUAGAAGGGGAAGUUUUGAUGCUACAGGCUCAGGUUUCUCCAUGGGUUUUUCCUCCACUUACAGCCCCACAAGCUAUGGCCGUCGUUAUGAUUCAGGGGCACAUGGUGGACUUCAGAUGGAUGAGCUAAAGCAAGCCCUUCUAGCUUUAGCAUCAGGCAGGAACUGUUGCUAUAAUGAAAAGAGAAUCUUCACAUCAUCACAAACUCAGCCCUCUUUAGUUGCUUAAUUUAUGUACACAAAAGGACAUUUAUCCUGCUCUGCAUGAUAUUGCUAAUGGGCUUUUUAAUGAUGGGAAUAAUAAUGCUAUAUAAGACUGGCUUUAAUUCUUUAUUUCAUUUUUAUAUAUUUAGUUAAAUAUACAGAUGUUUUUUUUUCUCUCACUUUCCUUUUCAUUUUGACAUGACAGUAUAAAAUUACAUCAUAAAUAGUUUAUUCUGCACAGCAUUUAUGGCAGAAUCAUUUUCAUAUAUAUAUAUUUUUUUAUAUUCAGUCUUUUCAAUUAUUAGCAGUGUUAAAUACUUAUAGCCUCUCUUUUUUUAUCAUCCUAUGUUUUUUCCAUGUACCUUGUAAACUGGCACAUGAAAAAUAUUGAAGUUUCAAGAGUGUUUAGAUUUCUUAGAGAGGAUAUGGUAAUGCUUCAAAUGAGAUGUAAAAGUUAUUUGUUAUAUGUUUUGUGUGUAUAUGUAAAGAUCCUUAGGGUAUCUGUACACAUUUGGUUGAAUUUUAACACUGAACAUUCUAAGCCAGCAUGGGGGGAGGGGAGGGAAGGGGGUGGGGGGUGGAGCUGUUAUUAUCUGCAGAGCGGAAUAAAGUCCAUUUGGACAUUUAUGAUUGGGAGCAUGUCAAUAAACAAAACAUUAGACAUCUUGGCAGCACUGCCAUAGACAUUGUUCUUGAGAAAUCCAUUCUCUUCUCAUGAUUGGAAACUAGAAAACAAUAAACCUUGAAAUAUGCAGUCUUACUAGUGAAAUGGGUUCACCAACCCCACAGCCAUCUUAAAAACUCCAGAUCCUUGCAGAAUUUGCCACAAAUUACUCUAAAGAUGACAAUAAAACAUCUUUAAAAGGCAUAAAUGACUCACAUCCCAACCAUAGUUUGCCUCUGGUCCUUCGUCUGAUUCAAAGGGGACUUCACUUGCGCCUUAACCUUGUGUAAUAUCUGCAUUAAUUUCCUCAUAAAUGUAAUGUGCACCUUGUUAAGACAAUAAUUAUGUCUCAUUGCAGAUGAUAUAGAAUGUAGCAAUAUAAGAUUUGCAUUGUUUAUUGUUGCAUAAAAGCAGCCUUUAUCAUUUGGGACACUCCCUUCUCUGUUACAGUGGCACUUUAAAUAAUAACAAACCUGGCCAAUAAUGUCGAUGUAAACAUUUUUUUCCUGCACUGUGUAGUUGUCUUAAAUAAUGGGUCUCAUUUUUUAUCAGGAGGUGUCUCUUUCUGCCUACAACAGAAUAUGCCCCGACUGCCUCUUUAAAUUCAAGUCCCCAUUUGUUAUGAUAAUUGCUUUGUUUUAAAUCACUAAAUAGCUCCCUAUCUUCUACUGCCACUUGAGCUCCACCUGUGUGUUUAGAGCGUAUGGAAUGGAUUCCUCCUUUCAAAAGAUUCACAAUCAGUGUGAUCUUUCAACCAACAUACAUGUUCCACUACCUUUAUUUAUGCUCCAUUUUCAUCUUUGCUUAUUAAUUGUUAGAUUUAUUUGGUUAAGUAGCAUUAAAAACGCUAAUGGUGUAUAGAAGAAAUCAGACUGCUCAACUGAUAUUUCCCCUUACUGGUCAAUUUGAACACUAAAUCUGAAGUGUUUUAGUGUAGUAUUAGAAACACUGGCAUGUAAACCACAUACAUUCACUUUGUAUAUCAGUUGCAAUGUAAUGUUGUAGACCUACUGACAAGCAUUGCAAGUAAUUAAACAUUGAUCUCUGAACUGAAUGUAGAUGUUUACAAGAACAAGGUUCUCUGUAAUUGAACAAAUAAUGCCAUAUCUAAAACUGUAGUCAUAAAACUGAAACUUCUAAAUUUCUGUGGCACAAAAAAAAAAUCUGCUUCAGUCUCUCCAAUCAGAUGAUGUUUUUUCACUGUACUGUAAAUCAUAUUAUUUCAAUUUUAGUUAUAUUUUCCUAUCUUCUGCUUUUUAUGUUCUGCUAACAUGAUUAUAAUGAUGCAAUAUGAGCAGUUACACUCAGCAAAACCUUUUUUAAAGUAAGCUUUUGAGGCACUUAAAAGGUAUAUUUGAAACUGUUCUGAUAUUGAAUGCAUGAUCUGAGUAUGGUAUUUACGAGAUGAAAUAUUAAUAUCCUAUUGUAAAUAAACAUUAAAUAUCUGUU